AUGGACUCCUCUGAGUCGAGCGGCAGUCUGAGUCCUCCUGUACCGGACGCGAAAUUUGACACUCACACCGAUGCCCGGCAGAAGAUUUUUGCUCGGCUGGAUAAGUAUCAAGCAUUGAAUGACAAUGACGAUGACGACACCGUCCAUUUCCUGCGCUCUGUCUUCCGAUUCCUUCCCAUCCAAGGCCAGGUCCAAUUGGCCGUCGAUGCAGAGGACUGCAAUGACGACGACCAGCUACGACAACUAGCAAAGCACCUGGAUACAGCUUUGCUUAGGCCGAUGGUGACCACAGGUGGGAAAACGCCCGCAAUCACCCCCUGCCCCUGUCCUGGGGUGGAAGACUCUAUUGAGAACCUACUGUCCCAGAACUUCGAAUCGACGACCCGGCAGCAGGCCGCGUUGCGGCGAGCUUGCCUGCAACGUGAUAACCACCAAUGUCAACUAACAAAAUUCUGGGACUUUGACUAUAAUAGUCGGCCGCCCGGCCUACAUACUGCUUACCUCGAAGCCGCUCACAUCAUCCCAUUUGGCCUGGGGAAUUUUCGGCACGAUGAACGACUACGGCAUGCACAGAUCUGGCAGUGCCUGUACCGCUAUUUCCCAACUAUCCGUGACCUCUUUCACCGCAGCGAUGAAGACAUUAACCGCAUUGAUAAUGUGAUGAUGCUGGUUGGAACCCUGCAUCAAGAGUUCGGUCGCUUCUCAUUCAUUCUGGAAGAAACUAAUGUUUCUGAUCGCUACCGCGUGAAAACCUUUUCCCACUUUCGAAACAGCUUCCUCUUGCCCUACAUGCCCGACAAGUUUCUGCUCGCCGUGCACGCAGCCAUCGGCAACAUCCUGCACGCGACUGGGCGCGCCGAACUGAUCGCGAAGACCAUGAAGCACCUCGAGGAAGGUGGCUGCCCCGCUCUCGCGAAGGACGGGAGCACCAAUGUGGAAAAAUUUCUAUCUGUAACCGGUCUUUCUUUGCUGGCGAUUAAUCCCAGCCACCGUUCGCAGGCCCGUGAGGAGAAGCAUUCUCGUCAUGUUGGGUCCGCCGGCGCGGAAAAUCAACGGCCCAGCGUCACCGAUGAGUAA